CUUUGAUUCUUACUAUAACCCAGACUUUUACUUGUUCAACGUAUCGUUCAAUCCCAAACCUUCCAAUUAGUGCCCGACAUUUUAAUGGGGUUCGUAUAAAUGUUUGCCCUCGAGCCCGUCUGAAGAACUUUGAAAUGCUCAACCCGUUGAAUCGGCCCCUUUGUCAAUGGACAUAUUCUAAUAAAGGUUGCAAAGGAAGUCAGUAGCAAGACUACACCAAAUGAGGAUAUGGAUGUUCUGUUCCGCAGCUCAUUUCAGGACCCAUGGUGCUAGGAGAUUGAAUUGGAAAUCAAAGUUGAUCCAAACUACCAUGACCUCACCAACACAAAGCGCCGUCCGAUGGUACCCUCCCUCGUUCGAUAUACGGGUUGAACAAGUUCCCGUUCCAGAAAUCAACGAACCAGAUGAUGCGAUCGUGAAAGUAAAGUUGGCAGCUCUCUGUGGGAGCGAUCUACACAUCUAUCGAGGACAUGCGGGCAUUAACAAAGUCCAUAUCUGUGGACACGAGUUCAUCGGCGAAGUGGUGAAACUCGGCUUGAGCUAUGGAGGACAAGCCCAAGGGCGCCCAGACCUAUACUCGAACUUGAAAGUGGGUGACAAGGUCGUCUCUCCUUUCACCGUAAGCUGCGGUGAAUGCAGUGUUUGUCGGCUGGGAUACACUUGUCGAUGCCCUCACGGCGCCCUCUUUGGUUCCCCGGCACUCGAAGGAGGCCAAGCACAAUAUGUACGCGUCCCAAAGGCCGGGGGAACGCUCUACAACCUCAGUGAUACCAGUUCAUGGUCUACCUCUCUAUCCGAUAAGACUGCCACCGCAGCCCUCGACAAGAUAUCUGAGAGUUCGCUUGUCCUUCUCGCUGAUAUCCUACCAACUGGAGUAUUCGCUGCCAUGCAGGCUUUGAGCCAUCCAAAGGUCCUGACGGCACUCACAGGAAGGCCAUGUCCGUUGAAUUUCUUCCCGUUGAAAGAUCUCCCUUCCAAGCAAGACGCCCUGGUACAAGAGGAUAGGACCCUCACAUUUGCGAUUGUGGGAUUAGGUCCCGUGGGGAUAUGUGCAGCAGUCAGUCUGCUUGAUCUGCUUUCCGCUGGACAGUACCCUUUCCGCGUUGUCGCGAUCGAUCCCAUUGAGAGCAGGAGAGAGAAGAUGCAAGCUGUUUACUCAAAGAUCUCUCCGGAUGGAAGAGGCUCGGGAGAAUUCAUCACCAAGGUUCAGGCUUGGACUUCUGGUGUAGGAUGUACGGCUGUGCUCGAGGUGGUCGGUAAUAAUAGCGCGCUGAGCCUUGCCUAUGACCUCGUUCGAGACUUCGGUGCUAUCAUAUCCGUAGGAGUUCAUGGAGCAAACCAAGUUCCAUUCACAGGACGACAGCUGUAUAACAAGAACGUAUCCCUUGAGUUUGGAAGAUGUCCUGCCCGUACCAUGUUCCCUCCUGCGUUUGAGUUGUUGGCGAAGCGACAAGACGUGUUUGGAGGCGUCGGUGAUCCUAGUAGCCUAGUCGACAGGAUUGCUGGAUUUGAUGAAGCCCCGGAAAUGUAUCGAGCCUUCGAAAAGGGGGAAGUUGGAAAGGUUAUCUUUGACCCUUGGAAAUAAUUCUCCAGUCUGUAAAGGCAAACGUGGUGCAGGUAUCACACUUCAUGGUAUUGUUUAUUCUACUAUGUGCACCAGACUUUGAGCGAAAUAAUAGCCGGACCAUCUCUUUGAAACGGGCGAUACUCUAGUAGAAUAGUCU